CAUCAGUAGCAAUCUCUCGGGCGAACGUUGAAAAACAACAGCGUAUCGGCAUCGGAAAAACGUGGCGUGGUAGUGGUGCGGAUGUCUGCAGGCGUUCGAUAAUUUUUCUUUUUUUUUUGGUUUCCUUGGUUAACCGCUUAACAAUAUCUGUUUCGGCUAUUAAGUGUGAAUUUAGCCUAAGCCUUAUCAUUUGUUUUGAAAAUGUGUAUAGUAAAUAUUUCGUUAAAUAUUGCCGUCCAAUUAUAGUUUUAAACUGGAUAUUCAUAAUCGACUAAUGAUACUCAUAUACCCAAUAUACCGAAAAGCAUGUCAACUGCUACGAAAAAUAAACGGCCUCGCUUACUAUAUGGAGCCGAGUACAGCUCGUCGUCUUCAGUUGUUAUCCGCUCCCUAAAACUCAUCUUUACGAAGCAUCGUCGAAGAAGAUAAAAAAAAAAACACGCCUAAACUUGCCUCCGGCAUAGAGGUGCCUCAAACCCGAGCUGUCUACGGAAGAUGUCCUCACGACGUAGUUCAUAUCGCAAACGACAGAAACCGCCUUUCGAACGAUUUAAAGAUAAAUGUCGACAAUUUACGGCUUUUAUGUUCAGUAAUGUUGGCAUCAUAUUACUAGUAAUCUUCUAUACAAUUGGAGGUGCCUUUAUUUUUCAAGCUAUUGAAUUAUUCGAAUACGAAAGACUUAGCCCACAUAAAACGAUAAAACCCAAUGCAACUGAAAAAUGCGCGCAAAAGAUUUGGGAUAUAACGGCACAGAACAUAAGUUUCUAUGGGAACGCAUAUUAUAAGGAAAGAGUAAAUGAAAUUUUGCUGCAAUUUCAACGAGAAAUAGCGCAUGAAAAGUUAAUUGAUCCCGACAUUGACAAGCAAUGGAGCUUUUCGGGUGCAUUCCUUUACUCACUAACGGUUAUUACAACUAUAGGCUACGGCAAUAUAUCUCCCAAAUCGGAUUGGGGCAAAUUAGUCACCAUUUUAUAUGCGAUCAUCGGCAUGCCUCUCUUCCUACUCUACCUCUCCAAUAUUGGCGAUGUCCUGGCCAAGUCCUUCAAAUGGAUUUACUCCAAAGUCUGCUUGUGUCGCAUUUGUCCGGGCGUUGCACGCCGUCGAAUCAUACGCGAACGCCGUAAAAUACGACAAUUGGCCAUGUCAAAAGCGCUACAAGACAUGGAAAGCCGAUAUGCGAACACCAGCAGCAGUACCAGCAAGAGCAGUGAUAGCCGAAGCAGUAACAGCACUUCAGGCAGUUACUACAGUGAAGAAACUGAGAGUUCAACACAGAGCAUGAGUGCGCUGGAAAUUUUUGAAGAGGGGAAUGAUUCCGAUAUUGAGAGAGAAAUACGUAUGAAUACUGACGAAAUUACGGUACCCUUAACGGUUUGCGUGAUCAUAAUGAUAAGUUACAUAUUAGCUGGUGCUAUCCUUUUCAGUCGUUGGGAAGCUUGGGAUUACCUGGACGGCAGCUACUUUUGCUUUAUCUCGCUUAGUAGCAUCGGUUUCGGGGAUUUGGUACCAGGCGAACGUGUGAUUACUGCCGAUAAAGACAAAGUUGAGGUUAGUUUUAUACUUUGUGCUGUUUACCUAUUGCUUGGUAUGGCCCUCAUUGCAAUGUGUUUCAAUUUGAUGCAGGAACAAGUUAUACACAAUGUUCGAGCCAUCAAACGAGCUUUCAAAUCCUGUUUUCGUUGUAAGAGAUGACACUAUCAUAAGACGCUUUUUAAUACAUAGUAAAUCGUUAAUUUUAUUUAGUAUUAAGUUAGGUAUACAUAGAAAUACGAGUGUCGAAAAAAGUAUAAUUGUAAUAACUACGAAUUUAAAAUUAAUAAUAAAAGUAAUAUGUAUAGCGA